CCACCGCCACUUCUAGCUGUUUGUCAGACUCAAAUCCGAGGGAGAGCAGCAAGCCGCCAUUUUCUGAGCGUCUCUCCCUAAAACGAGAAAAAAGGCUCUUCUCAAAUAUUAGAAAAACUGGCCUUCUCAAACACCUUGUUCAAUGAGGAACGGAGUUUGCGACAAAGGACUGUUGUAAACAUAAUUAACAGUAGACCUAAUUUGGACCAGAAAGGACAUUUUUUGCACUUACUCGCUAUUGCUUAUAGCGAGGCGAGCUAGCCAGCUAGCGCGUUAGCUGGCAAGAAAGCGAAGGUGUAGCUAGUUGAUUCGCCCGUUGCUUGAUUCCGGAACGAAUCUGGGGCUCUUAAAAGGGGGGAUUGAAUAAAACGGAUUGCACCUUUAGAAAGGGGAAUGGCUGAUUAAUCGAUUGAAAUCGUGUUUUUUGUGGUAUCAGUAUACAUUUUCCUUAAAAAACUGCGGGGGAUUGUUGCCGAAAUUCUCUCGGAUAGUGCGCCUCGUCACGUGGCUGUCCUCUGGCGGGGCAGUAAGCGGGUGGUGUGGAGCAGGCCGCGGAGCCCGUCUCUCUGCACUGCAUGGCUGCGAUGGCGCCCGCUCUCACCGACGCCCCAGCCGAAGCUCACCACAUCCGCUUCAAACUGGCUGCCCCUUCCUCCAGCCUUUCCCCGGGCAGCGCAGAGAACAACGGCAACGCCGGCAACAUCCUCAUCCAUAGCAGCGGCGCGGGCAAACGCAAGGUCUCCGCCGUCGACGAGAACUCCCGCGACUUCUGCGGUGGGAACCAGGAGCAGGCGGCCCAGCAGUCCCCGGCCUCUGCCCUGGGCAAGUUCCAGCCCCUGGUGGCUUCCUACCUGUGCUCAGAUGUGACCCCUGUCCCCUCCACCAAGGAAUCUGUUAAACUGCAAAGCGUCAUCAUCAAGCAGUCCGUGCUGAAGACUCACGGCAUCCUGCCCAGCUCUCUGUUCAACGGAGGGGGAGACUUCCUGCUGAGGAAGCGGCAGACCCUUGAGCUCACCGAAGGCCAGCUCAAGAGCCUCAUGAAUAGCGGCAGCAACGGAGGUGGCCAGGCCGUGGCGGCCCUCAACGGCCUCGCCAAGAAGCUAGCCAUGUCUGGCGCGGCCGGCACUGUGCUGGCUGUGAACGGGAGCAAGCCCUCCACUGGCACAGACUCUCAGCCCCUGACUCCACCGCCGGACACCCAGGCUUUUGUGGGCGGCCUAACGGGGCACAUUCUCUUAAAAGGAACCUUCAAGCAAAAGCAUUCCCCGGGGGUUUCUCAAAGUACGGGAGGGAACGGGCUCCAGCCGCCACCGGCUCACUUAGCAGUGCCUGACGUACCCACCAAUCAGCCCGAUGCUUCGAAUCGGCUGCUGCCCUUAACUGAUGGUGAAAGGGCGGGGGGCAGCCAGCAGGGGUCCCCAGUAUGUUCCCCGGCCCCCCUCCCCCAGCCCCCCUCUACCGCCACUCUCGGUAGCCUGGACACCCAGGUGAAGGAGCGCACCCUACUGAACCACAGCCGUCAGGGGGAGAUCGAGGGCAGGCUGCGGAGACUGCGCAAGAGGCUUCAGGUAGUGCAGGCCAAGCAGGUGGAACGCCACGUCCAGCAACAGCUGUCCGGCUUUAUAGACUCUGCCCGCAGCAUGCUGCCUCCUGCCGCGUCCCGUAAGGGGGAAUCCACUGCAACGUGGCGAAUGGGCCCCGGCCGGCACUCCUUCGUCUCUGGGAGCAGCCUGGGCAGGUUUUUGAAGAGUGGCUCAGUGCCCACCGAGCUGGAGCGGCUUUACCUCAGCGGCACGGCCAACCUGCACACGGCCGAGAGCGCCUUCGACUCAGACGUGACGGAGAGCAGCUCGGGAGGGGACACGGACCUGGAGGAGGACGAGCUGGCCAGGGUGGACGUCGAGCAGCGGCAUGUCAAAAUAUGGAAGCGGGCGGAGAGCCGCUACACCGCCGAACGGGCCUCCAUCAUCAGCCACUGGAACUGGCUCCAGGCCCACAUCUCAGACCUAGAGUACCGCAUUCGCCAGCAAACGGACGUCUACCGACAGAUCCGCACCAACAAGGGCUUAGUGGAGCUGGGAGGCACGGCCCCCAGCGUGUUUGCGGUCAGUGGGGCAGAAGUGAAGGCCGAGGCUUCUUCCCAGGACUGUCAUGUUACCGUUGCGGAGUCUGGUCUCUGGCGAACGCAGAACGGCAGGCCGGUCAACGGGGUCCUCAACAGGGUCACAGAGAGUAACACCAAACACCAGCCCAGCUCCACUGACAGCAGCUGCGUGGCAGCCCGCACGCGGCCUUUACUCAACUGUCGUCGUCGGCGACUCGUGCACCCCAACACAGUGCCGAACCUCAAUGGCAAGAGGACCAGCCUUGCCACGUGCCUCUGCAGGGUCAACCCUUCCUCCUGUGUUACAUGUGGUGGUCGGCCCAGCACCCCCAGAGAAGAACCCCAGUACGACCUGCCUUCCCUGGAGCGCCUUUCCCGUCUGGACCCAGCUGUCCACCCUAUCCUUUCACUCCCAGACGACGUGUGCGUGAGCCUUCGGCUGCAGCAGGUGAUGAAGAGCCACUGGCAGGGCAAGGCCCCUGAGAGGAGCAAGCCCCCCAAGAAGCUCUCGCUGAAACACAAGCUCUCUUCCAAAGACAAGCACAGCAAGACGGCCAACUCGCUCACAGCAAACAGACUGUCUCACUAUAAGAGCCGAGCUGAGAAGCUUCAGCGACGACACCACCACCACCUGGAGGGCAGCGGCGCAGUGCUGAGUGCUGCCAGGCUGGAGGGCCAGGCCCUCUGUAAGGCCGAGCGGCUCCUGCACAGCCUCCCCUCCCCCUCUGCAGGGCCUUAUGAUCGGGCCUACUGCCGCAAGAGGCCCCGCGAGCACCUGCUGGACAGGAGCCACGACUCCACCCAAAAGCUCUUCCUGGACUCAGGCAGCCCCUGCUCGUCCUUGGCCAGCAUGCACUCGUCCCUUCACAGCCCCUCGCUGACCCGCCAGCUGUCCACCUCCUCGGAGAGCUCCACGCCCAUGGGUCUCAACAACCUCAACUUCUCCAACGCACCACAGCCCAUCCGGAGGAGGCGAGGCGAGAGCUCCUUUGACAUCAACAACAUUGUGAUCCCCAUGUCUGUGGCGGCCACUACACGUGUGGAGAAGCUCCAGUAUAAAGAGAUCCUCACGCCCAGCUGGCGGGAAGUAGACAUCUUUUCCCAGCCCAUGGCAGAAGAGGAAAACGACACUGAGAUGGAGGACCUCUCAGAUGCGGCCUUCUCCCAGCUUCAUCAGCCGUGCCAGGAUCAGGAACGUUCCCGCUGGACCUGGAUGGCCCUGGCCCCCGCCAAAAGGAGGGGCAGCAGAUCGUACAAGUCCAUGGACGGCAGGACCACGCCAUUGCUGUGCGGCACCAACCCGCCCACCCCUCAACCGGCAUCCCCUGACCCAGGACACUGCCCCCCACUGCAUGACUACAGCCACGUGGCAUCGCCCGUCAGCCCGGCUAGCCCAGAUGCAACCUCCAACCCCCAUACGCCGUGCUCCCGCGACUCCCACUCCCGACUACUGUCCAGCGAGGACACACGCUGUUCCACACCUGACUUCAACUUUGAGGAGAGGACGGUGGCCCCGUGGGAGCACAGAAACUUCCCCCUUCCAGAGGACCCGGCUCCAGAGCCUGAGGUGGAGCGAGGCGAGGAGAUGAAGCGGGCUCGUGAGCGUAGCAUCUCCGGUUGCCCAUCGACAGGCUACGACACAGACAGCCCCAUGCCUUGCGACGAUGACGUCCCCAGACAAAAAGGCCACAGCCACCAAUGAAUGACUGACCAGCCGAGGUCCUCCUCAUCUCCUCCACCUCUUUGGCAUUAACAAGCAGAACCUCAAACUGAAAAACAAGCUAUUUAAAGGGUUCCUGUUGUUUGAUAUUCAAACACCAGUCUAAUACUAUUUCACAGUUUUUAGUGAACAUUAUGCGGAAGAUAGAAGCCUUUCCUUACGGUCUUGUUUUUGUUUUUGUUGGCGAGAAGAGAAAAAAAAAAGUAGAAAAUGACGAUGUUACAAAAAUAAUUUCUGUUGUAGGCUAAAAUGAUGUACAUGGAUGGGGGUGGGGCUUUGUGGUGUUCCAUACGUGGUGUGUAUAUUUGUCACGCACUACGUUGCCAACUGCUCAAGAAGUAUGGCCAAAGGGUGUCUUUCCUAUUGACUAGUUUGCUUGUAUUUCCCAUGUACAUUUUCUAGUGGAGUGACAAAUAAAAUGUCCCCGUACUCUCCCCAAUUAACAGGUACAUUUGGGAUGUUGUGUGUGUCCUUUUUUCCUCUGGGGGGGCACCAGAAAUUAUGGAGCACUUCUUUCACUGCCAAGUAGUUUUGUUGGUUUGCCUAUUUUUGUUUUAUUCCUUUCUCAACCCUUGUUGUUUUUGUUUGUUUAUCUAAGUCGCUUUCUUUUUGUGUUAUGGACAAUAAUCAUUCCUUUUCUAAAAAGAAAAAAGUAUCUAUACAGCAUCCGGUUCGCCUGAACUCUUGCUGUCUUGUUUGACGAUUGACCGCAGCCCAGGGAAACCGGGGUGUCUCCUAAGCUCUUGUCUGACCCUACAGGGAGCACCGGCGCAUGCUACACCGUGCUCAUGCCGUUGAUCCCCCCAGCGUCUACACUGACUCAUCACACCGGGGAAGGUAGAGGACGAGUGGGGAGGAUCCUGGUAUCAGUUUAGUUCACUUUCUCUCUUGAGAAUGGCAUCAUUGGCGUAUCAUGUCAGUGUGGUCAACUUGAUUGCAGAUGGUCAAAUCACGCAUUCAAGUAGUGUUUUUUUUAUUUUCGAACAUGGCUAUGAGGGUAUCCACUGGUGAAUUCUCAGCAGAUGUUAUUACUUCGCUGAUGAUUUAGUUGUUUCUGGUUCAACCCGACAGUGUUCCCUCAUUUAAUUUGUAGCAGCUCUUUGCAACCCAGACCUCAGGUUUUACAGUUUUAAGGGAAAAUUUCUGAUGUUGAGAACAUUGCCCCCCCCACACCCUUCACAGAAGAUCAGUCUGAUCUAAAGAGACUACUUUGUUGCAGAAUAAUGCGUUGUGUUGUUGCCUACCCAUAAUGUCAUAACCACGUCACCAUUUCCCCUUGUAACUAAUUGCUAUGCAAAAUCUAUGGUUGUAUAAAUGUACACCUGUUUUUAUGCCAUGGUCAUUCAAUCGCUUUUUUCUUUCUUUUGUAGUUAUAAGCAAGAUGUCAAUGUACCUGUCCAAUUGUUGCAGCAGUUAAUCUAAUCAAAAGCAGAAUUGUUUUUGUAAAUAGUACCAUUAAAACAUUUAUGUUAAACUUGG